CCCGGCUGCUCAAUGGAUGAUGAAUCAGACUCCUUCGAAUUCUCCUCCGACUCUGAAUCUUCCAGCGAUAGCAACGAAUCUGAUGAAUCGGCAUUAUCAUCCGACGAAACGGAGAGAAGAGUAGCAAGAACAAAUCAACUUCCUUAUAUUAGUACCGUGAGGGAUGAAUUUGGGUACAGUCAGGAUUACUUUGAGUUUCUUGACCUGGUGAGAGACGAAUUUGGAUACAACAGUCAAGAAUAUUUUGAGUUUUAUCAACUGAUACAAAAUCACGUAGAACAAAGGAUUGAUAUCAUGCAAGUCAUAUCAAGGGUUAAGGUGUUAUUCAGCGAGCAUCAGGAACUUCUUGUUGCUUUUAACACCUUCUUACCAAUAGGAUAUCACAUCUUGGUCCGGCAGAAUACAUCAGAUCCAGAGUCUUUUAUUGAAGCAGCACUCAACUUUGUUAACAAAGUUAAGACACGAACCCUACCCGACAGAAGACGCUAUUACUCCUUUUUGAAUAUUAUUAAAGGAUUCCGCACUAACUUCAUAGAGGCGUACCAAGAGGUUGUUGCCAUUAUUCAUCUUAUUGUUUCCUUUGUAUCACUUGUAUAUUGGGAUGGAUUUAGCAUUCUACGUUUCAGAAUGUCAUCCAUUUCGUGUUUCGCUCCAGGGAUGACAUACUUACGCCUUGCCUGCUACACAAGAAUAAAUACAGAGGAGGGUCUUACUGUGUUUUGGGCGUUGGCAGGAG